UCCGGUCAACACAGUAUAAUAACAGAGUCGCUUAUGUUGAGGUUUCAAAGGGUUUUAUUUGUUUUUAGGUAGCAUUACAACACAAAAAAACUGGUUCAUUGCGAAUGGCUUGUAAAACGAGCAUCUCCCCGGCUGCGAAGUACCCGUAAGGUCGGAGGUGUGUUUUUGUUUCUCCGCCCACUCCGGAAAACUCAACGGAGUCGUCGUUAUUUUUAUUUUUUAAGGUGACGUGGAGUCGAACCCCCUCUUCUACACUGGCUCAUGUGUCAAUAAAAGUACUUGGUGUACCCGGAUAUCAUCGCCAUGAAUGCAUAAAACGUUGGGACAUUGCACCGACGAUUUCCAAGAUGUUUCGCUGUAAAUCUUUACAUUGAGCUUCAGCAUCGGCGCAUACCGGAGCAGAGAGGAGUGUGUCGGGGCCUGGAGACAGAGGCACCAGGCAGACAGACAGGUUUAGUCGGAUCUGCAGCAUUGGAACUGGAGUGAUACUGGGGUUAUGCAGUGUGGAAUAGGACACCUGCCAGGGGGCUGCCAGAGGACGAUGGGCCUGCACUGCGUCUUGAUCCUGUGCUUGUUCUCAGGCUGGGCAGUGGGCUACAAACAGGGGGACAACGUGACUCUCUAUGUCAACAAAGUGGGUCCUUAUCAUAACCCCCAGGAGACAUAUCACUACUACACUCUGCCUGUUUGCAGACCGGAGAAGGUGCAUCACAAGUCCCUGAGUCUGGGAGAAGUGUUGGAUGGUGACAGGAUGGCAGAGUCCUUAUAUUACAUUCGAUUCAGGGAGAACGUGGAGAAAAAAACUCUUUGCACGCUCACACUUUCAGAAAAACAGGUGGACGAACUUCGUGAGGCCAUCGAGGAACUUUUUUACUUUGAGUUUGUCCUGGAUGACAUUCCUAUCUUGGGCUUUGUGGGAUACAUAGAGGAGAGCGGCUUCCUGCCCCACAGGCACAAGGUGGGUUUGUGGACUCAUCUGGACUUCAACAUCGAGUACAAUGGCGACACAGUGAUAUUUGCCAAUGUUUCAGUCAAAGACGUGAAACCUGUUCCCCUGGAGGAGGGUGCAGGUGCAGUGGGAGGAGUCGGGGUGGGAGGAGGCAGCCUGGUUGUGACCCACACCUACAGCGUGCGGUGGUUCGAGUCCCCUCUGCCUCACUCGAGGAGAGCCGAGCGCCUCAGAGACUACUCGUUCUUCCCCAAAACACUGGAGAUCCACUGGCUCUCCAUCAUUAACUCACUGGUGCUGGUGGUGCUGCUGUUGGGCUUCGUCAUCAUCAUCCUCAUGCGGGUCCUGAAGAAUGACUUUGCCAGGUACAAUGUGGAGGAGGAGGGCGGCUGUGAUGAUCUGGACCAGGGAGACAACGGCUGGAAGAUCAUUCACACUGACGUCUUCAGGUUUCCCCCUUACAAAAGCCUGCUGUGUGCCGUGCUGGGGGUGGGGGCUCAGUUCCUUACUCUUGCUACAGGAAUCAUCUUCAUGGCUUUGCUGGGAAUGUUUAACGUGCAUCGCCAUGGUGCCAUCAACUCCGCUGCCAUCGUCCUGUAUGCUCUGACCAGCUGUGUGUCGGGCUACGUGUCCUGCAGCUUCUACACACAGCUCAAUGGACAGCGCUGGGUGUGGAACAUCAUACUCACCUCCUCCCUGUUCUCUGCUCCUCUGUUCCUGACAUGGAGUGUUGUGAACUCCAUCCACUGGUGGAGCGGCUCCACUCAGGCUCUGCCAGCCACCACCGUGCUGCUCAUUCUGGGGGCCUGGGUGCUGGUGGGCUUCCCGCUCACCGUCAUCGGCGGCAUUGUGGGAAAGAAUCGAGCCGGCAGCUUCCAGGCGCCCUGCCGCACUCGCAACAUCGCCCGGCAGAUCCCUUCGCAGCCGUGGUACAAACACACGGCUGUACACAUGGCCAUCGGCGGCUUCCUGCCUUUCAGUGCCAUUUCAGUGGAGCUGUACUACAUCUUCGCCACCGUGUGGGGCAGAGAGCACUACACCCUCUACGGCAUCCUGCUGUGCGUCUUCGCCAUCCUCCUCUCGGUGGGCGCCUGCAUCUCCGUCGCGCUCACCUACUUCCUGCUGUCCGGCGAAGACUACCGGUGGUGGUGGCGCAGUGUCCUGAGCACCGGCUCCACCGGCCUCUUCAUCUUCGUCUACUCUGUUUUCUACUACCGGAACCGGUCGUCGAUGAGCGGCCUGGUGCAGAGCACGGAGUUCUUCGGUUACUCUCUGCUCACGGCGCUGGUCUUCUCUCUGAUGCUGGGCAGCGUGUCCUUCUGGGCCUCCCUGGCGUUUAUUCGCUACAUCUACCGUAGCCUCAAGAUGGACUAAAAAAGUGAAUACACACAUGGCUAUAAACAAUCCUCAUUCUACUCUUGCUGUCAUUCAUACACACAUCUCCUGUGCGCGAGGAGAACAAGGGGCCUUGAUUUAAGUGAGAGCUGGUGAUUGAAAUGUAGCUGUUAUUUUAACCCGGUUGGAUUAUGUAUUUAAGUAUAAAAUGGGAUAUUUCUGUACAAAGGGAUUGGUUGUGUCCUAUCGGGAGCGAGUGUGUACAAAUGUAUGAGAUGGGGCGUGAAUGGAUUUAAUCAUUGUAUGAAGUAGUGGCAUCUGGUUUCUACUUAAUGCUCGAUCAAGGCUCGGCAGGCUCUAGUCUUUAAUUCCCACAUUGCACCAGUUAUCCACUGAAGCAGCUGACUCAUACUGUAGGUUUAUUAAAUAUACAGCAGGUGUUAUUACUUGCAAUUAUACUCCACCCGCUCAAUUUCAACAGCCAAUUUAAUUAGGGGGAAAAUAGUUUUGAAAGAAACCCGUCGAGCUCCACAUGGCCCUACAGAGGUUAAGAGGAAUGCGUUGUAGAAGAGCUGAUGCAAGAUGUUAGUGAUGGGAGCCACAUUGCAUCUUAUGGUCACCAUUGACUGGUUUUGGUUCUGAUGUAAAUAUAGUCUUUUCAAUAAAAUGCUUUUAAUACAA